CCUCCUUUUGCUUGGCCUAUUCAUGGUGCAAUUUCGUUUGUCAAUGUAAGCUUAUGCUACAGACAAUCAUCUCCAUAUGUUUUAAAGAAUAUUACUUUUGAAACACGUCCUGGUGAAAAAAUUGGCAUCGUGGGUCGAACUGGAUCAGGAAAAACAAGCUUGAUACAAGUUCUCUACCGAAUGGUCGAUUGCUUUGAAGGAUCAGUUUUUAUAGAUGGAGUCAACAUUGCUAAUCUACCACUUGAAAAAUUAAGAUCCAGUUUGUCCGUCAUCCCUCAGGAUCCCUUCUUGUUUAGCGGCACCAUUCGUGAAAAUCUCGACCCUUGCUACUUAAAAUGUGAUUCCCAAAUAUGGAAAGCUUUGCAAGAUUGCCAUGUGAAGGACAAAAUUCAGAGCUUGGGUGGUUUGGAUGUGGAAGUUGAAGAACAAGGUCAAAACUUCAGUGUAGGAGAGCGACAACUUCUCUGCCUGGCAAGAGCACUUCUUAGGAAAGCUAAAAUCCUGUGUAUGGAUGAGGCUACAGCAAAUGUAGAUUACGAGACGGACAGCCUGAUACGCCAUACAGUGAGGCUGGCUUUACAGAGAUCAACAGUUCUGAUUGUUGCUCACAGGAUGAAGACCGUACUGGACUGUGAUAAAAUAAUUGUGAUGAGAGAGGGUGAAAUCAUUGAAAUGGAUGCUCCCUCCGUUCUAUUGGCUGAUUCUAAGUCAGAAUUUCAUCGAAUGGUUUAUAAUCAGACUGAGUGAGGGUUCGUUAUUGGAGCCCAGAUUUUAACUAUUCAAAUCUGAUUCAAUCAAUACAGUUUACUGAACAUAAUUUUCACAUGUUUGUAAAUCUCUUCUUUUUGAUAGAUGAGUUUUUUGGUAUGAAAUUAUAUGUAAGGAAUAUUAAUAAUAAGUUAUUUAAUUUAGAAAGUCAGAAAUACAAUUCUAACAGAAAACGAAAAAUAUUUUAAGAUUUGUGUGUUAGCAAGAUAGCAUUUCAUCAGGGGACGCACUGUCUGCAAACACACAGGUGCCUCUCUGUCAUCAGUGGUAAUACCAAAAGACUGUGCCCCGAGGCCCCAUAAUGGAUAAACAAAUAAGAAAUAGCAGUUAGAAAAAUUGAAAUGUAAAUGCAAUGAAAAAUUAAUGACAAACAAACACAAUUUAAAAGUACACAGAAUAAGACCUAAUAAUGAAACGCCAUUUAUAAUAAGAAUAAAUAAAGAUAAAGUUACAGUUAGAAUAACCAAAUCAAAAUAAAAUAUCAAUUGCCAAAUCAUUAAGAAAACUUUAGAAAUCAUUAAAAAACUUUAGACCUAGAAAAUACACAGAAUUUUAAAAUAACCUAAAAUAACAGGAAAAAUUCUGGUAGUUUUGAUUUUUUCCUUAUAAACAGGGAAAAUACAGGGAAUUUUAUUUCUUAUUUUCAUCUUUUAAAAAAUGGUGACCUCUCAAUGCGUAAUCUAUGGGAUAUUUAAGGAUGAUAUUUCAAUUAUAUUAAACUAUUCCAUUUACUAUAGCAUUAAGUAUGUUCAGCUGUUCCUUUUUUUCUCUAAGUUUUUCCAGCUAUUAAAACUAGUAUAGUUAGCCCAAUAUAGCUUACUCAAGAGUGCAGUAAUUAUGUUUCCUCUUAAUAUAUUGUGUAUAAUAUGUACAGUAUGUUGAUGUGUAUAAUAUGUUGACGACAAUGGGAAAGAAGAUUAAGGCACGGUGAAUUGAGUGCUGCCUAUUCAUCUCUGUCUAGUGGCGCCACAAUUCGUACUAAAAAUAUUCUAUAUCUGUGUGUUCAAUAAGAAAAAGUUUGAAAUUCUGUAACUGUAAUUGCGAGAGCUUGGAUGACUGAAAGUGAAAGUCAAAAGAAUUUAAACUUGAGCCAAUAGCUCAUAAUAAAAAGUUUUAUUCCGAUCUGUCAAAUGGUACGUUUGCCACAUGGAUCAAAGAUCCAACAUGCAGGGAGUCUCCUGAUGAAAUCCUGUAUUUAAUACAACAAAAAACAUUAAUGGCAAUACAAUACAGUGAAGUGUAUUGCCAUUUUUUUCCCUUUUGUUCUAUUUCAAUUUAAUUACAAUUCUCUAAUUUCUUAUAAGUAUUUUUGAAACAUAUUUUUAGUCUUGCAUUUAUUUUCACCCUUAGUUACCUAACUUAUAGAACAAACUAUAUAGAAUAUCAAACUAUAUAUAGAACAAACAUUUAUGUUUUGUUGUUUAAUAAAAUUUUUUACUGUUA